AUGAGGUUGGGUGUAGUCGCUGCCAACGCGGUCGCGUUGCUGUUUGGGGUUGUUUCAGCCACAUCCGAUCAUGUCACAACAAUUUGUGAUAAGCAGAGGUUUGGCGAGUUGAACGAUUCGCUCAUGUACUACCCAAAUGCAUGGAAUGACAAAAGUCCCAAAGACGGUUUCGUGUGCAUGAGAGUCGACAAUUCCACUCCUGCUUUUGACGCUUUAUGGGACUGGGAUAAAGACAUCCAAGACGUACACUCGUUUCCAUACGUACGGUUCAGCCACAAAGACAUUCCCCUGCGUCUCAGCAGCCUCCAAUCUAUCCGCCUCUCGACUAAAUGGAUCUAUACUCCUGGUAGUCCCAGCGAGCCGCCUCGCGACUUUACUCAAUCGGUUUGGGCAGAGAACAAGGCAGAGCUACAGAGACAGGGAGUACAGGCCAAUGCCGCCUGGGACUUCUUCCUCGAUGAUGAUCGCAAUAGGACCCUAUAUCCUCAAGAUGCGGCUAUCGAGUUUAUGGUCUGGCUUGGUCGGGUGGGGGAUCCGUGGUGGCUUGGUCGACAGGAGAAUAUGAUUCUCUCCAACGUGACACUUGGAGAGACCGAGUUCUCGUUAUACUACGGCCGCAACUCAGGUGGCACACACGUAUUCACUGCCGUCACUCGGAACGGUGAGGAUGUCUUGUCCUUUGAUGAAGACUUCUAUCCUCUUUUCGAGUACAUCCUUGAACAAGCACACAAACAUAUUGACACACCGAAUGACCUACCCAAGGAUCCUUGGCUAGGAAUAGUCGAGUUCGGUACAGAAACUUGGCUUUCAGAUGGAAAUGUCACCUUUACUGCUGCUGAUUUCAGCAUGGAACUCAACGGAUCCGUCAGGAACAGGACCGAGACCAAUUCUAGAGAUGAUGACAGUACGGGAGGAGAUGACAACUCCACUGAUGACAACGACAAGAAUUCGUCCGACGACGAAGAAGAUCAUGCGUCGACCAUAAGUAGGUCGAUGCUUGGCUAUGCACUGUCGGCAAUUUUGAUGAUCAGCGCUUUUUGCGUUUAA